AUGGCGGGUUCUGCGACCUCUGAAUUGAAGAAAAUUCAGAUUCAGGGAGACGAUAUUACAUUUGAUGCUUAUAUGAAUCCUAGUUUUAAAGCACUCAUCCCAGAUUUGUAUCAUGGAAAGGUUGGUUUAGAUGUUGCAGAAGCACAACAUUUAAUGGAUGUUCUUGAUUGGCAAGGUGUUGUUAAGGAUAUUCGUGCUUCAGUUAGUUGGCUCAAGGCAAAUGGUUCACAGAAGGUAGGUGUGACAGGAUUUUGCAUGGGCGGUGUUCUCUCAAUUGCAAGUUAA